AUGGCUCAGUCUCUCGAGGCAAAGAUAGUCGUGUUGGGUGCGCAAGGGGUAGGAAAGACAAGUUUGGUACACCGAUACGUUCGGAAUCAUUUCCAACCCACUAAUAUCACGAGUACGGUUGGAGCAAGCUUUCUCACUAAAAGAGUGAUAGAUGAUGAAAGUGACACAGUAGUGCGGCUUCAGAUCUGGGAUACAGCUGGACAGGAACGAUUUCGAUCUAUAUCGCGUCUCUACUACCGUGGCGCCAAUGCUUGUAUUCUCUGUUACAGCAUCACAGACUCGGAAUCAUUCACAGAAAUGGGAGUAUGGCUGCUUGAACUUCGCCGUAACUUACCACCCGACAUAAUUCUGCACGUCGUCGGCACCAAAUCUGAUCUAGUGACUCGCAAUCCCUCGUUUCGCCAAGUUCCAUUCGAACGAUGUAUCGCGUACGUGGCUGAAAACCUUGCGCCGGGGAUGGGUGGUACUCCGCCGGCUAGUGCUGGUGCUGGGGAGCGCUGGAGCGAAAAUCGUGUCGGAAUAUUCGAGCGUGCAUUCAGUGGUGCUGAGGAUGCGCGUAGUCCCAGCAGCAAGCGCAGCUCCGGAUUCUGGGGCCAAGAGAUCGGUUGGGACUGUUGCCAUGAGGUCUCAGCUGAAUCAGGCGAGGGUAUCGACGAAGUAUUUCGUGUUAUAACUCGGAAACUCGUCAACCAGAACUUUCAAAGUCAAGAGGGACCCCUGAGCCGAGUACAGAGUCCCGGUAUGGAAGAUAGUGAGAAUGGCGAGAGUGGGAUAUACCCUGAGCGUAAUGCAGCAGCAAGGUCGGGCGGCAGUUUUCGGGUAGGAAGAGACCGUAGGAGUUGGUUUGGCGUACCUGUGGAGAGCUUUGCAGAGGAAGUGAGAGCUACUUCUGGAGAAACUGAAAAUAUCACUAGGCGAAAGGGCAAAGGCUGUUGUUAA